CUCGAUCGCAUCAAUAGGAGUAAUAUCGACAGCUGCACGAAGUGUUAUUGACUCCAGAUUCAAUUGGCAAAGAUAUAAUGGCGACUGCAAGCCCCUCCGACAUGGAGAAGCAACCUCUUCUCUCCUCGCAACAAGUCGCCACGUCCGACCCAACCUCAUCCGAAUCAGAGCCAACCCUCACCCAACUCCAGCAAGAAGUAUUCGCGGCACAACGCCGCUACAUGCAAGCCUGGUCACGCACGACCUCCGGACGAUGGCAUACACGGAUCAUGUGCGCCGUGACAGCGCUACUAUUCGCAUUUCUGAUUUUCUCCGUCGCCAUCAUCUCGCAAGACGCGUUGUCCGAUGACGAUACGUCUGGGCGAACGGGUCAUGUUGCGGGUGGCAAGGUCCGACUGGAGGCCCAUAUCAUGUCGAAAUGUCCCGAUGCGAGGGAUUGUCUGCGUGAUAUGAUAUUGCCUGUCAUGCAGAGGCCCGAGGUGCAAGGCAAGGUCGCGUUUCAAUUGUCGUAUAUCGGAAGCACAACGCCACACAACGACGGCGUCCUCUGCAAACACGGCCAGGGCGAAUGUCUCGGCAACAUAAUCGAACUAUGCGCCGCACGCUUAUACCCGGAUCCCAAGAUCUCGCUAGGCUUCACAAUGUGCCUGACACGUUCCUACACGGAGAUUCCCUCGCGGGACCUGAUCGAAGACUGCGCGCUCGAACACGGCAUCUCGAUCGCCGCGCUGGAUGAAUGUACCGUGGCGGACGACGGCGCGCGAGGCGUGAAUCUUCUCCAGAAGAGUUUCCAUCGGAGCGCUGAGGCGGGCGUGGGCAUUAGUUGUACGGUGAGGAUUAAUGAGCGCGUGAGAUGUGUGAGGGAUGAUGGGAUGUGGAAGGACUGUGAGGGGGGCCACGAGGUGGGGGAUUUGGUGAGGGAUAUCCUUGCCGCUGCGGAGGAGCAGGAGGAGAGGGAGGGCUGGUUCGCGGCGUGAUGAGAUCCGGCAGAGGACCUUUUCUUAAUUUUCAGUCCUGGGGAAGGGGUUUAUGGUUGAUUCUCAUGUCGUGUCCUUGUCGGAAUACUUUUGCUUAAAGUCUUGUAAUGAUCAUUAUGAACAAAAUUCAACAGCUUAUCACGGGUAU